CCGCAGGCUCAGCUCAGCGCUUCAGCCGGUGAAAGACUCGUCGGACAGCGGGUGCCAUUUGGCGCAGUUUUUAGCGACAUCCGUUAACAAAAGGGCGUCCAGUUAUUUAUUUAGCUUCGUUUUGUGGAUUUUUUAAAAUAUAUUAGCUGUCAAACUAUCACAAUGAGCUCCAUCAACGUCAAAAAGCUGAAAGUAAACGAACUGAAGGACGAGCUGAAAAAGCGUAAUCUUUCCGACAAGGGGCUGAAGGCCGAGCUGAUGGACCGCCUGCAGGCCGCGUUGGAUGAGGAGGCCCUUGUCGGUGAUUCUCCACUGGACCAGGAGGCUGCGGCAGGCGAAGGUUUCAGCCAGGCCGGCGACCAGGAGGGUAUGGGAGAGGAGGAGGAAGGCCCGGUAGAAGAAAGCAUGGAAGCCAACGAGGAAGACGAAGAUGACACGGAAAACGGAGGCGAGGGUGACGGUGUCGCUGACGACGAAGAGAUGGGUGAGGGUGAGGAGGACGGGGAUGAGGACGAUGAGAUGGACCCCAUGCUCAAGGGAGAUGUGGACGACAUGGAGAAAAUAGACGCAGAGGACGGUGAGCCAGGGGACCAGGCUGCUGAGGGGGAUGCGGACAAAGACACGAAUGCUGAUCAGAAGAAUAAGAAGGGUGUUAAGAGACGCCGGGAGGAACAUGGAAGGGGCUACUUUGAAUUUAUUGAAGAGAACAAAUACAGCUGGGCCUCCUUUAAGUCUCCUGUUCCCCCUUUGGAAGAGGAGGAUGAGGAGUUUGAUGACACAAAAGUGUGCCUGGAUACCUACAACUGCGACCUGCACUUCAAGGUAUCGCGGGAUCGUUACAGUGCCUCAUCUCUUACAAUGGAGAGUUUUGCUUACCUCUGGUCUGGCGGCAAAGCCACCUAUGGAGUCAACAAGGGCAAGGCCUGCUUUGAGAUGAAGAUUACCGAGAAGAUCCCAGUCAAACACAUUUCAAGUAAGAACAUGGACAUCCAUGAUGUGCAGGUUGGCUGGUCCCUGGCUACUGGCACACUCCUCCUUGGUGAGGAGGAGCAUUCUUAUGCCUACUCUGGUAAAGGGAAGAAGACCACCAACUGUGUGACAGAGGACUUUGGAGAAACCUAUGAGGAGAAUGAUGUCAUCUGCUGCCUUAUUAACUUUGAAGACGAAGACGUGGUCCUGUCCUUCUCCAAGAACGGCGCAGAGCCAGCCGUCGCUUUCCAGAUCAGCAAGGCGAGCCUGCAAGGCCAGGCCCUCUUCCCUCACGUCAUUUGCCACAACUGCGCCGUGGAGUUUAACUUUGGUCAAAUGGAGACUCCGUACUUCCCUCUGCCUCAGGGUUACACCUUCCUGCAGCAGAUUCCUGUCAGCCAACGGGUCCGGGGGCUCAAAGGGCCACAAACCAAGGCCGACUGCGAGAUCAUAGUGAUGGUCGGGCUGCCUGGAUCUGGGAAGACCACUUGGGUGAAGAACCAUGUCCAAGAAAACCCUGGAAAAUACUAUAUCCUUGGCAGUGACACCAUUGUGGACAAGAUGAUGAUCAAUAGCCUGAAACGGCAGUCAAAAGACAUCACAAAACUGACUGCCAUUUCCCAGCGCGCACCACUCUUCCUCGGAAAGUUCAUUGAGAUUGCUGCCCGCAAGAAGAGAAAUUACAUCCUGGACCAUACCAACCUGUCUGCUCCAGGCCAGAAGAGGAAGAUGUGUCUGUUUGCAGGCUUCCAGCGUAAGGCUGUGGUGGUCUGCCCCUCAGACGAUGAUUUCAAGCAGAGAGUCCAGAAGAAGGUUGAGAGCGAUGGCAAAGAAGUGCCUGAACAUGCUGUCCUAAAAAUGAAAGGCUUCUACUCACUGCCUGAGGAGGGGGAGAGCUUCAGUGAGGUCACCUUCGCUGAGCUGCAGAAAGAGGAGGCUGCCAAGCUACUUGAACAGUACAAAGAGGAAAGCAAGACGGCUCUGCCUGCUGAGAAGAAGCCCAACCAGGGAAGCACUACACCAAAAAGAGGUGGUGGUGUGCGUGGUGGUAGUAGGGGAGGCAAGAACCACUUUGGCCGUGGAAGUGGACCUGUCCAAAGAGGUGGUGGUCGUGGAGGCUUCCAGAACAGAGGCAACUUCAGAGGAGUUCCUGGUCCUCGUGGCGGGUUUAACCGCCCACCUCGUGGCUUCCUGCCUCCCCCAGCCUUCAGAGGUGGAUUCCCCAACCGUGGAAACUUUAACCGGGGUGGUGGACCCAUUCCCAGCCUGGGUGGGUCACCUAGGGGUGGACCAAUGAGGGGUAAUAUGGGACCCAGAGGUGGACCCAUGAAUAGAGGUGGUCCAAUGAACAGGGGGAACAUGAGCAGAGGAGGCGGAGCCAAUAUGAACCGCGGCGGUAACAGGGGACACCCUGGCCAUUUUCAGCCAAGAGGUGGUAACCGUGGCAACUUUGGCAACAAAAAUGGCAACUUCGGUAACAACAGGAAUAGCGGCCAUUUUGGAAACAGGAAUGGCAUGGACAAGGCCCAGGCCUUCAACCAGAGCUGGCAGCAAGGGUUCUGGAACCAGAAGCCAUGGAGUCAGCAGUAUCAGCCCGGUUAUUACUAAGACACUUGUUCUAACGGACUGGUGGCCCACAGUGAGACCCACCACUAGCCACGGAACAUCCCCUCACCCUGCUUUUUGAUUCUUUAAUUUGAAGUUGAACCCACUUUUAACACUCUGUAACCCAUGUACCGACAGUGACGGCUGAAGCUAAAGCGAUAUGGAUCAACAUUCCACAUCACAGAGGAGACCAGGCAUCCUGAAGCUUUAUCAAUUUAUAAUUAUGUACUAUGUGGGUUCUGUCUCAUUGAGUCAUGCUUUUAAUUUUGCUGUAUAUUUCAUUAUCCCUUUUUACCACUUUUAAUGAUGUGCUUUGAAAAAAAAUCAUGUUUUUAAUAUCAGGAACCAGAAACAUUUUGCCAAAGACGGCAAGUGUUCAGAAAGAUGUUUUUCAGGGUUGUGCAUUUUGUCUGUGCUGUGAUUUUUUUUUUUCUGUUUUUUUUUUUCUGUUUUUUUAUUACAAAUUGUAAAUAUUUGGUUUUGAGUAGUUUGUUUAAUAAGUUUCAGAAACGAUAAUGAUUGAAAGGAACCUUGGCUUCUUGAGGAGAAGCGUGGUAGCUGAUUCUGUUGUUAGACAUGUCGGUCCACUGUCAAAGCAGAUUAAAAUGCAAAAAUUUUGUCUUUUGUUCCCAAUCACACUUGUAACCUAAAGUUCAUAGAGCUACAAUAAACAACUCGUUGGCUUUUUUACAUCUCUUCCUGCCUUAUGACUUUUGAUUCAGUUCAAAGGUGUGUAACAGACCUUUGAAUGGGCGACGGCCGGUUUGCUACUUCAAACGAAGCCGUCGGCCCCAGUUGACACCUCAUUAGUAAAACUGUUCCCUUCUGUCGUCUUUGAUGCAUCAUUCCAGGCCUUUAGCUAUUCUAAUGUACAUCACAUAGAAAGUAUUCCGGCAAAGCCAUUUUAAGACUCUCAGUAAGCCAUUUUUUUAGCAUUAUGCCUUUAAUUGACUUGUGUUAAAGAAUUUUUUUUUAAUUUGUCUUAAAUUAGAGCACUGACUACGCUUGGUUCUCAGGCGUAAGACAGAAAGAAGUGUAGUUUUUAGAUUGUCUUGUCUCUGAACAGUUCCUUUAGUGCAGUAGACUUCUGAAAAACACUUGGCACUGAUUAAGAAAUGAAUCCUGAACCACAAUAUCAUUUGACGUCCUUGCAUGUGUACUACUUAAUCUCUGUUGAUGCCGCUGUUUUUAGAUUUAUGAACAUAUUCUGCUCGAGCACAAACAUGGUUGAGAGCAGGCAGGGUUGCUCAUUUUCACCAGCAAACCGAAAGGGCUACACAGCAUCACACUACAUCUGCAAAAAAAAAAAAAAAAACACCCUCUGUUCAUUGAGACCUUAGCAGAAAGAAGUACUUUUGGUUUCAGUUUGAUGCACUCCAGAGCUCACCUUGGUGACUGUGUGGCCCUGCAAUACUGGCAGCUCUUCAGCUUCCUAAUGUGUCCUGAUGCUUCACUGGUGCAGGACAUUGACAGUGUUUUAUCUCAUUAUUUCCUUAAUAUCCAAACUAGGAAAACACCAUUACGGUAGAUCAGACAAAAAACAGUAUAGAAUAUGUCCCAUUGUUCUUUUCCUGCCUGUGUUCAUAUUUAAUAACCAUGUAAAUACUACACUGCUAUUUCAACCAUGCACGAAUGUUCAUUAAUUGACUACAAGUAAUACUGUGUUGUGAUGAAGAAAGUGUUAGUUUGCCCGAGUACUGCUGUGUGAUGAAUUGUCUAUUAUAUUUAAAUGUGUGGAGGGGAUUCUACCCUCCUCUUUUAUUGUACUGGAUACAUAACUCUAGCAGACUGCAAGCUUUGAGUUACCGUAUAAUCUAUACUACAGACACUAUAUUUUUAUCGCUUUUUGUUGCAGGUUGUAUAUCAGGUCUUUUAUUAUUAAACCAACAGUGCAAAAGCUUUGAGACUUUUUGAGAUCUGUUGUCUUUUCUAUCUGACACUUUUUGAUAUUUGUGUUAAGAAUUUGGGAUUGUAUUUUGUUUUUUUUGUCUCGACUCUAUUAAAGAAGCUGGUAAACAGUGA